UAUUAAAUUCCAAACAAACAAUAUGAUAGUGCCUUAUAUCAUAAUGGGAGUUAUUUGAGUUAUCAUUUUGGGAGUGUGCUUGCUCUGAUUUUGAAAGAUUAAAGCCGAUGAAGUUGAUGAACAGAUAGAAGACCAUAUGAAAGGAGACAAAGAUAGCAAGCUCAGUUUUGAUCAUGAAGCUCAUGAUGAAGAGAAUCCUCCUGUAAAGAAAAAGUCUGCUAAGAUCAAGCCUAAGAAGCCAAGCACACAGAAGGUCUUGGCUAAGCCAACUGAUGACAGCUCUGUCUGAGAUAAAUCAGAGGUCGGAUUCAUGCCAAAGCCAGCUGUUAAAGAGACUUUUACAAAGAAAUUUGUAUCAUAAUUUAUUUAAUUCUUUGUAACAACUAUACCAUACGCAA